GGCUACACUUCAUUCCACAAGGCACAAGAGCUCUUGCAACCGGAAGCCACAGUAGUUCUUGCAACAAGCUCGUGUAGGACCAGACCAGAUAUUGUCUCGUGUUAACUUCUGCUUCAAAAAAAGUUAUCAUCAGCCUGUGUUGUGUCGCCAUGGCGAAGGUGCAGGCGGCGGCGAGGUUCAUGACGGAGGUGGCGCCGCCGCAGGUGGUGUCGAUCAUGCGGCGGAAGAAGGUGCCAAGGAGCCUCGACACCAUCGCCGAGGACGACAGGGAGCACCUGGCUUACGGACCAGAUCACCACCACCAGGUUGCCGCCGCCGCGGCGAACUCGAGCGGCUUCGCGGCGGCGUGGGUGAAGAGGGCGCCGCGCGCGCCGCAGGCGCAGGCGCGCGCGCGCACGGGCGGGUUCAUGAGGGAGCUCAGCAAGUACUUCUCGGACGCCCACGGUCAGGCCGGCGGCUGGGGGAGUAGUCACAAGGGCCACGCCCGGCGAGUCGUGUAUGCACAACAGCUGGGCAAGAACAACGGUGCAUGAAGAGCUAAAGCUAGUACGUAGUAUGAUCAAGUUCGAUCUAGUAUUUACGGAAGAGAGAUCGUGAGCAUGUUGAGGAGCAUAUUUUAUUUAGCACUUCCAUGCGUGCACUCAUGCAUGACUACAAUUUUAUUAACGUUCUUAAUGCUAUUUCGUUCCAACAAUGGAUCCUUACCUUUCUUA